AUGGGCAUCUUCUCAAAGACGAAGGCUGCGGCGGAUGGAGAGAAAGGGGCGCCGGAGACCAGUUGGUUUGCCUAUUUUCGAUUGCUGUUCAGUGAAGGAUACACAGUCUGGGAUGUACUGCUCCUUUUCGGCGGCGUACUUGGUUCCAUUGCAGCUGGUAUUCCAUUCCCUCUGCUUGGUAUCCUAUUCGGCCAGCUCAUCGAUGAUCUCAACAGCGCUUCGUGUGCUGAAGACGCUGGUGGAGAUACAUCCUCUCUCCAAAGCUCCGUAGUGCAGAAAGUUCUGUACAUCAUCUACGUAACAAUCGCCAACUGGUUUUUCGUCUACUGCCAUACCACAUGUUGGAGCUUGUUUGGAGAACGUCUGGUUCGGCGCCUUAGAGGUCGUUAUCUUCGCAGUCUGCUGCGCCAGGAACUAGCAUUCUUCGACACUCUGCCCGCUGGCGAUGUUUCCUCAAGACUCUCGAUUGAUUUGGAAUCCAUCCAGACAGGAACCUCCGAAAAGGUCGGUAUCUGCAUAUCGAGCGUCAGCUACUUCGUUGCAUCGUACGUCGUUGCAUUCAUGAAGUAUGCGAAACUUGCCGGCAUUCUGGUCUCUCUGAUUCCGGCAUAUCUUCUCAUGGCAUUCAUUGGCUCCUACUAUAUCAAGCGCUAUUCUGGUCGGGUCUCGGAUCAACUUGCUGCGGCAACUUCCAUCGCUUCUGAGAGCUUGAGCAAGCUGACCAUCGUGCAUGCCUUUGGGGCCAGUGCUCGCCUGGAGGCAAAGUUUGGCGAGUAUCUUGGAGAGGCACGCACUCAGGGGUUCAAGAAGGCCAUCACUGCUGGUGUUCAGCUUGGACUUCUGUACUUUAUCGCUUAUUCCACCAAUGCCCUCGCGUACUGGCAGGGUUCGCGUGGUAUCGCAGAGUCGGUAGGAACGGAUGACAGCAGCGCACGAGUCGGUGCAGUAUACACAGUCAUUUUCCUGCUCAUCGACGCUUCUUUCAUCAUUAGCCAGAUCGCUCCUUUCAUGCAGAUUUUCGGCACAGCAGCUGGUGCUUCAGAAAAGCUCAAMAAGGCCAUCGGACGCAGAUCAGAGAUUGAUGGCACCGACUUGACAUAUGGUCAGCAUCUUGACACCAUCGAAGGACGCGUCAAGCUCGAGAACAUUACGUUUGCAUACCCGAGCCGUCCGGAUACGAAUGUCCUCAAUGGUCUCUCCAUCAGCAUUCCUGCAUACAAGCACACGGCCAUUGUCGGUCAAUCUGGAAGUGGCAAAUCUACCGUGGCUGCAUUGUUGGCGAGGCUGUACGACCCUCACCAGGGAUCCGUUCAACUCGAUGGGCAUGACCUGCGCGAACUCAACGUCGCCCAAGUCCGCGGAUGCAUUGGGGCCGUACAGCAAGACCCUUGCUUGCUGGACCGUAGUAUAUUAGAGAACAUUUCUCACGGCUUCCUCAACUCUCACUCGUCUACUGCGGAAGAGACGGAUGCGAUUUUGGACGGAUCAAUCGCUAAUUUCGCUGCCAAGGUAAGGGAUGGCAGCUCAUUUGAUGCUACCCUUUCUACGGAAGGUCAAGCUGUCAAGGACGUUGUCGAACGUGUCAUCAAAGCUGCGACAAUUGCCGAUGCCAUUGGGUUUAUUCGCCGCCUAGAGCAUGGUCUUGCAACCAACGUUGGUUCUGCUGGCAACCAGCUGAGUGGAGGGCAGAAGCAAAGAAUCGCUCUCGCUCGCGCAAUGAUGAGAGACCCUAGGAUCCUCCUGCUCGACGAAGCUACCUCUGCGUUGGACUCAAGGAGUGAACGGCUGAUUCAAAAGGCUCUUCAAGAUGCAUCAAAAGGUCGAACAACUAUCAGCAUCGUUCAUCGCCUCUCGACGGUGAAGGAUGCGGAUCACAUCAUUGUGAUGCGAAGUGGCAGAGUCAUUGAGCAAGGCUCACACCAAGAACUUAUGGCUGCCGACGGGGAUUACGCUAGUAUGGUCCGCCUGCAAAACGUCAGUCAGCAUGAUGAUACAGCUACCGAAGGCGCACCAAGUGAGACCUUGGAUGAUGCCAUCUCUUCCACAGCUGCAAGUGUCGAUGCCAGCGAGGAGCACUCAGGAGAGAAGUCAGCCAUUGUUCCACAUGGCGAGGAAAAGGCCGAAACCCUUGACGAGGACAAAACUGCAGAUGCCAAGGAGCCAGCGAAGCGUGGUAUUGGAUCCACUCUUCGGGGCAUGGGAACUCUUACUCGUUCCCAGGCGUUAUAUCUGCUCAUUGCAUUCACGGCAUCUGCAAUCGUGGGAGGUUCAUACACCGGAGAGGCGGUCAUCUUCGGCCAUACCGUCAGCAGUUUUAGUGCGUGCAGGACAGCUGAGCAGAUCCUUACGUCUGGUCGCUUCUGGGCCCUACUCUUUUUCGUUCUUGCCGUGAUUGAGUUCUUCGCCAACUUGAUCAUGGGCUCUCUAUUUGGUCUUGUGUCGGAGAACACCCUAUUCAAGAUUCGAAUACUAUCAUUUCGUACUCUGAUGGGGCAAGACGUAGACUGGCAUGAGUCGGGUGGGAGAGAUGCUUCAUCACUUCUAUCGUACAUUACGACGGAUGCUAACGCACUCGCUGGUCUGACGGGCACUAUCCUCGGAACCUUGUUCUCCAUCUUGCUCAACACCGUCGCGGGUGUAACGCUCUCAUUGGUCAUUGCUUGGAGAAUUGCCAUUGUCCUUGUGGCUUGCAUUCCGAUCCUUGUCGGUGCCGGCGUGAUGCGACUACGUGUGUUUGCCAAGUUCCACGAGAAGCACGCAAAAGCAUUCUCCAGUGCUACUGGAUAUGCUGUCGAAUCGGUGAAUUCGAUCAAGACGAUCUCAAUGUUCUCUCUCGAGCAGGAAUCCGUCAACGUAUACCACCGUGCUCUGAAAGCGCCAUACGAAGCAACGCUCAGAGCCAUUCUGUGGAGCAACGUCUGGCUGGCUUCGGCAUACAGCAUCAGCAACUUGGUUUAUGCACUCGCCUACUGGUGGGGUUCACGAAACAUCAUUGAAGGGAGAUAUAGCCAGCAGGACUUCUUCAUCGUCCUACCGGCGCUGCUUUUCAGCGCGCAAACAUGUGGGCAGCUCCUUGCUCUCGCACCCGACUUUUCCAAAUCUAGRGUCUCUGCAACUCGCAUCCUGGACUUACUCGAUGUUGGCACCAAAGCAAUGGUAGUCUCCCCAAAAGCCAUACGGUCCAAGUCUCCUUGGGCCGGCGACGUUCGUCCCAACGAGAAGGACGUCGAAACCGCCAAUGAUCUUGGAGAAAAAGCACGCAUCUCCGGAGGAAUGCACGUCGAAUUCAAGAACGUGGAAUUCUCAUAUCCAGCUCGACCAAACGUUCAGGUCCUGCGCGGAAUGGACAUUGACAUCAAACCAGGCCAAUUCUGCGCGCUUGUCGGACCCAGUGGAGCUGGUAAAUCCACCAUCAUCUCUCUAGUAGAGCGCUUCUACCGCCCCUCAUCUGGCAAAGUCGAGCUUGAUGGACGAUCAGUUUCCGACUUCGUAGGYUCGGAUUUCCGCAAUGAUAUCGCACUCGUACCGCAAGACUCAGUCUUAUUCGAAGGCACCUUGAAAUUCAACCUAUCCCUCGGAGCCAGACCAGACAAAGACGUUACGGACGAGGAAAUUCAAGAAGCCUGCAAACUAGCAYACAUCCACGACACAAUCAUGGCAUUACCAGAUGCAUACAACACACGCUGUGGACCCAACGGCAAUCAAUUCUCAGGCGGUCAGCGACAACGAUUAUCCAUCGCAAGAGCACUUCUACGUAAACCCCGUUUGCUGUUACUCGAUGAGAGUACCAGUGCCCUGGACUCUGAGAGUGAGAAGAUGGUUCAGGAUGCUUUGGAGAAUGUGCGCAAGGGUAUCACGGUUAUUGCUAUUGCGCACCGACUACAUACUAUUGAACGUGCGGAUCGAAUUUUCGUUAUUGAGGAUGGGAGAUGUACGGCGAAGGGUACUCAUAGGGAGUUGUUGCUGAAUAGCGAGAGCUAUCGCACGAACGCUUUGCAUCAGGUCUUGGGGGAGUGA